AUGUCAUCACGGAGAUGUUUUAAAGCGAGAAAGACUUUAAAAGUAGUGAGCUAUAAAGGCGGGAAAGUCAAUCGAAGAUCAACGCUUACUGUUCCCGUUAAAUAUGAUUCUGGGCAGAAUGCAAGUACAUCAUCAUUGUCAUCUAUUUCUGGUGGGCAAUAUUCAUGCGACUCGCCUCCAGAAGUAAGCUUUGGUGCGGAUAAUGAUGUUGGCAAAACGUUUCAUUCGAAACCGAAAUGCGGAAAGCUUCGUUUAAAGAAGAAAAUAAACAGCUAUAGAAACAAGAAAAUUAGACUUGGGGAUGCAUGGCUUGAUGUUCGCAACCAGCUUUACUUAGCUGCGUUGGAGUUGCAAGCUUUACCCGAAGAGCAGUACUGCAUUAUUCCUUCAUGCAAAGAAAAAGCGUGUUGCAGAUGCCUGGACUGUGGCCCGGUUCAUUUCAUGUGUGAUGAACAUACAAGCAUGAUACAUGCUGGUGGCCUGACUUUACACUGUCCUGAGAUUUGGAAGGUAUAUUCUUCACUGUUGUUUUUGGGGACUGCCCAGACAUGCUCAGAUGUUAGAUUUAAUUUUCAAAAGCCAUGUACGAUACUGUAGUCCUAGGUUUAUCUGGAAGAUCCAGAUUAAUCCAAAAGUUGUCAAGUUUAUACAUGCUGACUGGAGACUUUUCAAUGAAAACUUUUCAAUGAAGACUUUUCAAUGGAGACUUUCCAAUGGGUUACUGACAGUGUUUUGAUUAUUUAGUUUCUUUAUAGUUUAAAAAUGUUUCAUCAUCGACACACAGAUAAUAUAUUAGUUAAUAAUUCUACUAGUAAAUACAUAUUUAAGCAUUCUGCAUGUACAUUGUAGAAUAACAGAUAUGCUCCAUACAAGUUUGGUGGAAUGGAGGUGUGGAAUACAGAACAUAAUGCAGAUCAUGGUUACUGUCGAGACAUUGUCGUUAUUAACAAAACUGGUAUGUAGCUGUUGUGUAGCAUUAUUUGGUUCAAAUUUAUUUAGCCUAGCUAUUACGCCUCUAUGCUGUAAGUCCCUUGGCAAGUAUUAUUAAUAAUAGUUGGGCACAUAGAUCUGGAUGCAUUAAUUCAGUUAAGGGGCUAAAUGCUUGUGUUAUUUUCAUUCAUUUUAUCGCUAAGGGCCUGGUUAUAAUAUGUAAGUUGUAUUAUUACAGUUGUAUUAUUGCUCUGAUCAUAAUACUGUUUAAUUCCAAAUGUUGGUGUGCUACAUGUAGUUGUGAUGAAAUACACUAUUUUAACCAUUUCAAUAACCCUUUGAGUGGCUGCAUCUAUUUAAUGUUUAAAUCAUGAGAGUACAUUGCAUUAUGUGGCUUUGAAUCGGCAUGUAUAUUUAUUGUAAAAAGUGAAUAUUAAACAGAACAAUUUCUGCCCACUGUAGGCCGUCAACAUCUUGUUAAAUUUAAAUUUUGUUGUCAUGAGCCUGAAUCAGUGACAUUAGUGCGACAUGGACUGUGGCCAGCAUCACCAAAAGAACCACAAGCAGCCUUUGAAAAUGGUUUCAUGGAAAUCCUGAAAUAUAUGUUCUUGGAGUGUAGAGCAUCAUUAAAAUCAAUUUGUCAAGCAAUAAAUUGGACUAUGCCUACACUUUCACCUGUCCAUGUAAGAAUACUUUAUCUUGAUUUUAAUGCCCAUCCAUAUAAUAUUGUGCAUGUAAAUAUUCAGUAAAUCAAUAUGAACUGAAAAUUUAUCACAAUGGAGACAGAGUGACAGACAAUGGGUGAGGGGUACUUCAGUGAGGAGUAAUCAUUAUAAUAAUGAAACUAGUACAUACAUGUACCUUGUUCAAUCAUUUAACUCAUUAACUUGCAUUACUUGUCCAACACCAGACAAUUUUUCUUGUCAAUUGGAAGCUCUGCAGCAAGAGGGUUACAAAAGGUUUAACUUAAUGAACCCAUUAAGUUGCAGAGCUUCCCUACUGACAAGUAAAAUUGUCAGACAUAAGACAAGUAAGAGCACACUACAGCACAAUGCAGCUCAAUGGGUUAAACAACAGGCUUGUACAAAUGUUUGUGAGAGAAAGGGUGGCAUAAGAGAAUUUUGAAACUGUCAAGCGAAGCAAAUUGUCAAGCCCUUUUAAUUAGAUGCAAUAUAGCAUUGAUGUAAUAUGUGCCAUGCUGGAUGUUUUUGUUUAGUAGUAUGACUUAUACGUAGUUCUUUGAAAUGAAAGGAUUUGUGGAUGUAUUCAUGCCAAAUAUAAAAUAGACUAUUAGUAAACAAAAUAAUGAGGACUGAUAGUUUCUUACAUUUUUGAAUAACAUACUGUAGAUUAAAGACAUAUAUCGGCUGCUAGUUGGUGAAACUUUUGGGGAAUACAGGUAUCAUUGCCACUUGUUGGAUACAUUUGGAGGCAAAAACCAACAACUAAAUUGUGACAUGCAAUGUCCUGCUUGCCCAAAGGUAUAGAUACAGUAGAUUAAUGUAUAAUUGAGUAAAUGUACUUUAUGCUUACACUAAUUCUUCAGGUGCCCUGAGUUUUGUUUUACUUUGUGUUGAUACCCAGAUUACAUUUACAUGCAAGUUCAACUAAGCUGCGCUAUGCAAUUUAGUCCCUUUUCAAUGCAAGAUGUGUGUCUACUGUUUUGCUUGUCAUACAGUAUAUAUGCAGAUAUACACAUAUGUCAUUUAAAUUACCUCUCUGUAGGAAAAUGGAAGCAUAUUUAUUUCAUUGGAUGCUUUAUUUGGCUGUGUUCGGAAAGUCAGUGCAGGAACAAGUGUUAUAUAGACCACCAAACCAUGGUGAAACACUUUUUAUUGAGCAGUCAAAGGUUGAUUCAUUUUUGAAGAAUUACCAAGGAAAAUCAUCAUUGAAAUUACAAGUAUGUAUAUGUACGAUGCAUGCAUAUAUCACAGUAAUAUGUGCUCAAUGCUAAUUACAUCCAUUUACCAUGUAUUUACAGAAUAGUUAAUGAGGAGUAAAAUUGUGGACUGAAAGCUAAAAUUUUUAACUUUUCAUCACAAGGAUGGCAAUAUACAUGUAUUCAACAUUUAUCUUUAUAUUAAUAACAGGUUGACACCAAAUAUAAGACUUUCUACCUUGAUCUGAGUAUUUACAGUGAGUGUAAGUGAAAAGCACACAAUUUUGUUUCCAGGAAUCAUGCAAUAAUUUUCAAGCUGGUUCCAGUCUAAGGUCUAAAGUAAAGACAAAGAAAUUGGAUGAAACAGCCAUAUUUGGCGCUGGGUGCCGACAUGAAGUUCCAAUAAAAUUCUUUAGUCUUAAAAGAGGAGAACAGUAAGUCAAUCUCUGAAUGUUUUCCAUUAGUUUACAGCAAUACAUUUACUGUACAGUAUGGUAGUCAGACAUCUUAUUGACCAGUGGCUUCAAAAGUAUCUGUAGUGUGUGAUUUACCCUCAGUGUUGUAUGAUCUACAGUAUAACUUCAUGGCAUAUCACCUGUUCAUUUUACAUUAUACAUUAUGUAGGAUUGGCAAUGCAGUUUAUCUGCUGAAAUGGCUAAAACAAAAUUUUGCAAAUCUGGAUAUCUAUCUAUAUUAUGAUAUCGCAUGUACACUGGAAUCUCACUUAAAGGUUGUGUGUCGAAUCUAUAACAAUUAUAAUUUACGUACGAAUUUACAAUAA